GGAGGGGGGAAGGUUGCGGUUGCCAUGUUCUUCUCCAGCGUACAGCCCUGGUCCCUGCUCCUCCCGGUUCCCUUUUCUUCUCUUCACCUUCUUCUCGGGUGGAACGCCCCUCUUGCCAUCCUCGGCUCGUUCCCUUUUCUCCUUUGCGCUACCACGUCCAGUCUGCACCGACUGGAGACCAACCCCCCGGGCCCAAGCCCAGUGUCCUAGGCAUUACCCAACAACACCCCUCCCCGGCUUUCCCACUUCGCAUCGCCUUCUGCCCACACCGCCUAUGCAGCCCCGAUGCCACACGACAUUUGAUUGGUGUCCGGUGGGGAAACGCACUGUCGCCACGUGAAAUGGCGAGAAAGUAACGGAUGUACGCAGGGAGCAGUUGGAGGUGCCCGCUAAGACCGUUUUCUGCUUCUUACCGCUGCAUCCCAUAUUACUGUGAUACAUGGCGACUUGCCCCCAUUGAUGUCAGGCUCGUCUCACCACAUGCACCCAUUGCCAUUGUUCAGCCCACCUACA